AUGAGGUGGUCCCUGUUCUUAGCUCUUCUACAGUUGGGAGAAGGCGCAGGCCCGCCUCGUCCCCGCGCCCGGUCUCGCAGAGACGUCGACACUUUGGCCUCUGGUAUCAAGAGGCCUCCGCAGGCUCCAUAUAUUUUCAAUGAUACAGCCGACUCUGUCAAGCAGAUAGGCAAAACUUGCGCUGCUAAUGAGGCUGCCAUUGUACACUCGAUCUUGGACAGUGUUUCGCCGGACGACGCAACUUUCGACAAUGUGAUCCUGCCUUACCUUCGGAAUGAGCAAGAAAACAACGCCGUUAGAUAUGGGCUUAUUCCCUACGCCCUCUCUGGCAAGUCAGACCUUUCCAGUGCCUUGAGCGAAGAGCGCAACAUCGUCUCGGCUGCGAUCCAGGAUACAUUCACCAAUGAGGCCUUUUUCAAACUCGUCGAUCACGUCUACCACGCUGAUGCAAAGAACCCAGCCUUGAGCGAAGAGGAUCGGAUUGUCUUGUCCAGCGUCUGGUCCAAUUUUGCUGGCACAGGUCUGAAUCUUGCAGCAGCUCAGCGAGAACAGUUCAACAACUUGUCGGCACGCCUUGGUGAGCUUGCGAACGGAUUCUACAGCAAUGUCAAUAAGCCAAAGUAUGUCUACUUUACGACUCAAGAGCUUGACGGAGUGCCCUCGGAUAUUCUCCAGAUUCUCAAAAACGCCGACGAUACUGGCGAAAAUGCUGGGAAGCUUUAUUUCGAUGUCCAAGUUGGUACGACGUACGCAAGCGUCAUGAGCAGCGCAGUGAAUGGGACGACGAGAUACGUUACAUCUCUGGCCCAUGAACAAAUUGCACCGGACAAUGAACCGAUAUUGAAAGAGCUCAUUGGUCUUCGCAUGCAGUUCGCGCAGUUGUUCAAUUACACAACAUGGGCAGACUAUAAACUAGCCAGCAAUAUUGCGAAAAAUAAGGAGACCGUCAACGCGUUCAUCGAGGACAUCCGCACCCACAUCGCCGCUGUCAACGCGAAGGAUGUCGCAAGCAUCGCUCAGUUCAAGUCAAAGGACACGACGCUAGUCGAUCCUGUGGGCGACAAGAGCGUCGCAUACAGAUGGGAUUACUAUAGGUAUCCCGAGAUUGAGCGCCAGACACUCUACAAGAUUGACCGAGACCAUAUCAAGGACUACUUUCCUGUGAACUUCACAACUGCCGCCAUUCUCGCCUUCUACGGGGAGAUCUACGGGAUCCGUUUCGACCGGAUUGAAGGGCAAGACGCCGAUGACUUGUCUCCUACGGGCAAGGGCAGUGACCUCCUGUGGCAUCCGGAUGUUCUCCUUUACGCUGUUUGGGACGAUGAUCAUGGCUCUGGCUAUGAUCCGAGAAUCCUUGACCCCGGUUUCCGAGGUUACAUCUUCCUGGAUUUAUUCUACCGAGAAGGCGUCAAAAGCCCUGCCGAGUCGAACGAACAGAUGUUCGGUCCGGGUUUCCGCAGGGCCGAUGGUUCCUUGCAUUAUCCCUCGGUGCGUGUGCUUACCAGCUUCAUCAAGUCAGCACAGGAGGACAUAAAGCCAUCCCUUUUCGAAUACGAUAGGCUCCACCUGCUCAUGCAUGAACUCGGACACGGCAUGCAUGAUUUAUUGUCCGUCACCGACUACACUCGUACGCACGGGACUUAUGUUCCCAUCGAUUUCGUUGAGACGCCCGCCCGUUUCAUGGAAAACUACAGCCUGGUUCCCAAAGCGAUCAAAAGCAUUGCUCGACACUGGUCCUCGUUUUCGCCGCAAGCUGCCGCAGAAUGGAGAAAGGACCAAGGCGGCGCCAAUCCCGACGACAUUCCUCUCCCUCCAGCAACCAUGCCCGACGACCUCAUCGCCAACCUCACCGGAUCAGCGCGCGUCAACCGAGCCGCCGACCAAAUGAACAUUUUGUUCCUCAUGAAGUACGAUCAGGAAGUUUCCCAAGUCUCCAACCCCGACGAAGUCUCCGCGAUCGAUCUCAACGUGGCUUGGAACACCCUCCAGCGGAAUUACACUCAAUUGCAGGAUCCCUCCGAUCUCGGUCAGGGCUUGAGAUGGGGCUAUGGUGAGCUGAGCCAGGGGUUUUUGGUCUCGAGCUAUGGCGGGUCGACGUACACCUACACUUGGUGCGCAAGUUAUGCGCAGGACAUCUUCGAGACGGCCUUUGCAGCCGACCCGUUCAACCGCGAAGUGGGCAUGCGGUAUCGCACGCAAGUUUUGCAGCCCGGUGCGUCGAAGGACCCGGUAGAGCUGCUGCGGAGUUUCUUGGGGCGACAACCGAAUAAUAAUGGCUUUUACAAGUUUGUUGGUGUUAAUGGGUACUGA